UUCAAUAUUAAUAAUACUAGACUUCACUGAGGGGAGAUCUGAACCCAGAUCAAGGUUACGACUACACAAGGGAAGGGCGUUUGAUAGUUAUAGCCCAAAAGCCACUGAAUCCCUCUGUGCCUUGCUGUGGUUUUGAAUAAAAUGAAGCUGCAUACAAUGCUGAUGAAACUAAAAAGCCUCAUAAAUUAAAAAAAGCAUCUGGAAACCAAAAGAAAUGCUGCCAUUGUUUGGUCGUACUCUUUCAAAACAGCCACGAGUAAAAAUCCACGUCAGCGAGCACGGCUCCCGGACACGCUGAGGGGAGAGGGGGGGCCAAGAGCUGUUGAAGCAGCCGCGCUCCUCUGCAGAGGGGUCCCGCUGAAGCAGCCGCGCUCCUCUGCAGAGGGGUCCCGCUGAAGCAGCCGCGCUCCUCUGCAGAGGGGUCCCGUUGAAGCAGCCGCGCUCCUCUGCAGAGGGGUCCCGCUGAAGCAGCCGCGCUCCUCUGCAGAGGGGUCCCGCUGAAGCAGCCGCGCUCCUCUGCAGAGGGGUCCCGCUGAAGCAGCCGCGCUCCUCUGCAGAGGGGUCCCGCUGAAGCAGCCGCGCUCCUCUGCAGAGGGGUCCCGCUGAAGCAGCCGCGCUCCUCUGCAGAGGGGUCUGGGUGCUCUCAACACAGAGCCACAGAAGAUUUUUUUUACAAGUUGUUUAAGCACAAAUGAAAGCACAGAGAGGUCUAACACUUGCAGAGAAGUGCGUAUCGUUUCUAUAUCCCCGACUGCUGCACGGAAACAAAUUCUCUCGCCCAGGUUUUCAUGCAGGUCGGUAUAUAAAGGAUAUAAAUGACCAUGAGGAAAUUUACUCUAAACAGAGAGGAGGAGAUUUAUUCGCAUGGAGCGAGUCUCUUAUAGUGCAGCUCAGCGAGUCUCUCACUGCAAGGUAACACACCGCGUGGAGCGAGUCUCUUAUAGUGCAGCUCAGCGAGUCUCUCACUGCAGGGUAACACACCGCGUGGAGCGAGUCUCUUAUAGUGCAGCUCAGCGAGUCUCUCACUGCAAGGUAACACACCGCGUGGAGCGAGUCUCUUAUAGUGCAGCUCAGCGAGUCUCUCACUGCAGGGUAACACACCGCGUGGAGCGAGUCUCUUAUAGUGCAGCUCAGCGAGUCUCUCACUGCAGGGUAACACACCGCGUGGAGCGAGUCUCUUAUAGUGCAGCUCAGCGAGUCUCUCACUGCAAGGUAACACACCGCGUGGAGCGAGUCUCUUAUAGUGCAGCUCAGCGAGUCUCUCACUGCAAGGUAACACACCGCGUGGAGCGAGUCUCUUAUAGUGCAGCUCAGCGAGUCUCUCACUGCAAGGUAACACACCGCGUGGAGCGAGUCUCUUAUAGUGCAGCUCAGCGAGUCUCUCACUGCAAGGUAACACACCGCGUGGAGCGAGUCUCUCACUGCAAGGUAACACACCGCGUGGAGCGAGUCUCUUAUAGUGCAGCUCAGCGAGUCUCUCACUGCAAGGUAACACACCGCGUGGAGCGAGUCUCUCACUGCAAGGUAACACACCGCGUGGAGCGAGUCUCUUAUAGUGCAGCUCAGCGAGUCUCUCACUGCAAGGUAACACACCGCGUGGAGCGAGUCUCUUAUAGUGCAGCUCAGCGAGUCUCUCACUGCAAGGUAACACACCGCGUGGAGCGAGUCUCUUAUAGUGCAGCUCAGCGAGUCUCUCACUGCAAGGUAACACACCGCGUGGAGCGAGUCUCUCACUGCAAGGUAACACACCGCGUGGAGCGAGUCUCUUAUAGUGCAGCUCAGCGAGUCUCUCACUGCAAGGUAACACACCGCGUGGAGCGAGUCUCUCACUGCAAGGUAACACACCGCGUGGAGCGAGUCUCUUAUAGUGCAGCUCAGCGAGUCUCUCACUGCAAGGUAACACACCGCGUGGAGCGAGUCUCUUAUAGUGAAGCUCAGCGAGUCUCUCACUGCAGGGUAACACACCGCGUGGAGCGAGUCUCUUAUAGUGCAGCUCAGCAAGUCUCUCACUGCAAGGUAACACACCGCGUGGAGCGAGUCUCUUAUAGUGCAGCUCAGCGAGUCUCUCACUGCAGGGUCUGGCGUCACAGGGUUGCCGAGCUGCAAGAGGCACUAGACAGACAGACACACACACACACACACUGACACACACACACACCACAC